CCGGCUGCUGACAGCCAAACUCCCCAACUCCGCCCUCGUCCCCGCGGGAUCCCGGAGCCCGAGCCGGCCUGGGGCCGAGGCCGCCCGAGCCGCGCUGCGAGCGAACAUGGCAGCAGAAUGAGAAGGCUGGCGCCGGGUCGUGGCCGUCGGCGCCGCGCUGCAGCUCGAGAUCCGCGUCCGGCGCCCUGCGAGCCGCGCGCUUAGCCGGCCUCCUGGUGGCCGCUGGAUUAUUUCAUUCGGAGCCGAGGGCGGGGGAGAGAGGGGGACCCCGCAGCCGGCGCCGGUCCGUGCUCGGGCAGGGUGUGCGACUCGCCGGCUGCGGAAAGCACGCGGGAGAGAGAGCGGGUCCCGGGCUGCGGCGGCGCGGGCGCGGGGAUGAGCCGGCCAUGGGGCGGCCUCGGCGGGGCUCGCGGAGCCGGCCGGCGCUGCGGCGGGGGCGCUGCCUGAGCCCGGGCUCCGCGGGGCUUCGGGGCCUCGGGCGCCCCGGGGGGGUCCCUGCCGCCGCCCCCGGGAGGGACGAGAGCCCCGCGUGGCGGACACUGCAGCAGACGCCGCACUGAGGCGCCCCGAGCCUGCUCCGCCUGCAGCUCGGUGCGCUCUCGGCACCCGGGCGCCUUGCCCGGUGCACGGGCUGCUGGCGCACCGCGGCGAGCCGGGCGCAGGACUGGCUACACGGGGGUGUGUGAGCCUGUGGGACUGGAGAUCUGAGCUGAGGCAGAACCCGGCGGACCGGAGCAGCCAUGCUUCCCGGGGUGGGCGUGUUCGGCACCAGCCUCACGGCCCGUGUCAUCAUCCCGCUGCUGAAAGACGAGGGCUUCGCGGUGAAGGCGCUGUGGGGCCGCACGCAGGAGGAAGCGGAGGAGCUGGCCAAGGAGAUGAGCGUCCCCUUCUACACCAGCCGCAUUGACGAGGUGCUGCUGCAUCAGGACGUGGACUUGGUGUGCAUCAACCUGCCGCCGCCCCUCACCAGGCAGAUCGCUGUCAAAACCCUGGGCAUCGGCAAGAACGUCAUCUGCGACCGCACGGCCACCCCGCUGGACGCCUUCCGCAUGAUGUCGGCCGCCCACUACUACCCCAAGCUCAUGAGCAUCAUGGGCAACGUGCUGCGCUUCCUGCCGGCCUUCGUGCGCAUGAAGCAGCUCAUCGAGGAGGGCUACGUGGGCGAGCUGCUGGUGUGCGAGGUGCAGGUGCACGGCGGCAGCCUGCUGGGCAAGAAGUACAACUGGAGCUGCGACGACCUGAUGGGCGGCGGCGGCCUGCACUCGGUGGGCACCUACAUCAUCGACCUGCUCACCUUCCUGACCGGCCAGAAGGCCGUCAAGGUCCACGGGCUGCUCAAGACCUUCGUCAAGCAGACGGACCACAUCAAGGGCAUCCGCCAGAUCACCAGCGACGACUUCUGCACCUUCCAGAUGGUGCUGGAGGGCGGCGUGUGCUGCACCGUCACCCUCAACUUCAACGUGCCGGGCGAGUUCAAGCAGGACGUGACCGUGGUGGGCUCGGCCGGGCGCCUCCUGGCGGUGGGCACGGACCUGUACGGGCAGCGCAACAGCGCCCCCGAGCAGGAGCUGCUGCUGCAGGACGCCACGCCCGUCAGCAACUCCCUGCUGCCCGAGAAGGCCUUCAGCGACAUCCCCGCGCCCUACCUGCGCGGCACCAUCAAGAUGAUGCAGGCCGUGCGCCAGGCCUUCCAGGACCAGGACGACCGGCGCACGUGGGACGGGCGGCCGCUCACCAUGGCCGCCACCUUCGACGACUGCCUGUACGCCCUGUGCGUGGUGGACACCAUCAAGAGGUCCAGCCAGACGGGCGAGUGGCAGAACAUUGCCAUCAUGACGGAGGAGCCCGAGCUGAGCCCCGCCUACCUGAUCAGCGAGGCCAUGCGCCGGAGCAGGAUGUCCCUGUACUGUUAGCACGGACUGGGGGACCCAGGGGGACUCAGGUCUUCAGCGUGGAGCCCGGAGAGGGGGAGGGCGUGCUGGGGCAGAGGUGGCCGCGAGGAGUGCGGGGGCGGGAAGGUGGAGGGGCAGGGUGAGUUAAGCGGCCCCUGGGAAGGUGAACCCCCAGCCUGGGUGAGGGGCACCUAAUAAGACUGUCAGCUGGCCGAGCCAACAGCCCGGGAGUGUUCAGGGGGCCUGUUCUUCCCGAGAUCACCCCUGCGGGGCGUUUGCAUGAGGAGGAGGUGGCUUAGCCUCUGUGGCCCCCUUACCAUGAGAAGCAAAGAGGGGGUGCUUUCCUCCUCCCUCAGCCCUCCCCUACCCAUCGGCCUCCUUGGCAAGCCAAAUGCUCCCGCGACCCAGUGGCCAGCUCAGUGGGUGCCGGCUUCCCGGCCACCUGCCUCUGGCGGGAGAAGGCAAAUCCUCACCCGUCCGCAGAAGCCUGUUAGUCUGGGGGGAGGCGGGGGUGCAGUGGGCUAAUGAGAAAGCUCAAAUUCCGGAAGGCCACUUAAAAUAUCUGGAGGAAAAACUACUUGGUAGCAGAGUGAACAGUGUGCUUGAUUGAUUGGUUGUCCUCAUAGGAAGUGGGAGGGUGUGUCUUCCUAAUUGGUACCUUGCCCUGCGCCCCGCCCCCAGGUGGGAUAAGGGAGAGCCCGGAAUAGCAAGUAAGCCCAGAGGAGAGCACCAGAACGCAGGCUGUGUGGAAGCAGAGUAGGCCGAGAAUAAACAAUAGCCCUUUGGGUUUGGCAUCAAUUACAAAGCGGCGGGGAGCUGCCUUUAAUCCUGUUUCCGGUGGGGUAGAACUAAGUGCAAAGGGAUGUGGUGCUCAAGUGUCCUCUCCGGUGGCUCUCCAGUCAAGGGCACAGCCUGAAUGGGUCAGACUACAAGCUCCCGAGCCACCCUCGCAUGCUGCGGGCCCCAUUUGUUGCAGUGGGGUUGUCCCAGCAGAUGGGAAAGGGAGCCAGCCCUUGGCGGGCUUUGGCCUCCAACACCCGUGUCUCCUACCAAGCCGGUAAAGGACUUUUAGGAGAUUCACCCGGCUUUGUGAAUUUAAAAGGGAAGCCUUCGGUUCCACGCAGAUAUAAUCGUCUUCCCUUAAAAAAAAAGAAAAAAGAAAAUGUCAGGGGUGUUUCCUUAGCUUUGACCUUUGCUUUCAGGAUUCUGACACCUGCAAGUUUUUGAAUGGGUAUUAAAACAGAAGGACAAUUAAGGGACAUCACUUUCAGUGUUUCUAAUAUGGGGUGUUAGAGCCACGGAGGAGUAUCUUCACGUAGGGUUGAGAAGGGUCACGUUGGGGGAAAAAACGUGUUUUUCCCCUCCUUGGUCUCUUGUCUCCCUUGUCACACCCUGAUUACAGAGAGCUAUUACUGGAGAUGACAGACGGCUGCAGGCUUGGAGUGGGGUGGUUGCAAAGGGGAACUGUUAGAGAUGCACAUACACACGCACGCGCGCGCGCGCACACACACACACACACACACACACACACACACACAAGGGUUUGUCAGUCCUCACCACCACCAAAUGUCGCUGAAAUAGCUCUUAAAAAUUCAGACCUCUCUUGAAAGAAACACCAAGUCAAACAUUUUGAAACUGGGAAAUUAUCCUUAAUCCUUCACCCCCCCCCCCCCCAUUAGACACUUGUCAGGGUUGACUGGGGAAGACGAGAACUUCUGAAUCUCCAUAGCUUUUGUUCAUAGGUCACAGAAACCCAACGGUUGUCUUUGGCACACACCUGAGGUUUAGACGUCUUUUCAGAUGACUGGCAGUAGGGGUAGAAGGGAAUUUAAGGGGCCGAGAGCCCCUCCCAACCCCCCCCCCAGGCUCUGAGGAGGCAGAAUCUGGAAAUGAACAGUAUAUAUAGUCCAUUGUAUUCUCCAUUCUCCUCCCAGGGUCAAUACACUGUGAUGCCCAGGCUGCCCGGAGGGUGCUUGGCGGGCAUGUCCAAACACCGCAGGAAUGUUGGGUCAUUUUCCAGCCCAGUGAGGAAGGAUUGCCUUCCCCAGAAGAGUCACCCCACUGCUGCAACACGGCUAGGCGAGUCAGCCGGAACUCUCCAGGGUAUGUUACGGUCCCUGACAUCAUUACUUCGUGGUGAGCAUGCUGGCUGUCGUAGCUACCAACUCAAAACCAGAGAUUUGGUAGCAUGGAUGUGCCCCAGUAAUAGUGGGAGCAGACGGCCGUGCCGUGGACUCUGUCGGUUCAGGUUCUCCUAAAUUGCCUUCUGAAGAAAUAACUUUUGUAGGAACUGAGUGGAAAAAAAAAUUUUUUUUUUUCUAUCUAGCCUGAAAGGCUGUAAUUAAAGAUGAAGGGAAAGAAAACUUAGAUUAAACUCUAUGGGUCUCAUUUUUCUAAGUCGUUUAUAAUCUAAGUAGGGAUAUUCCAGGGGGUUUAAUUUUAUGUUUCUGUACUUAACCCAAAGACUUGGGAAGUUGUUUUUAUUUUCUUCCAGAGGCCUCUGAGUCCUGUGAUAAAUAGUGUCUAAAACACAGAUUCUCGUGUGAGGCUAGGGGAUAUAGAAAGAAUAUAUAUUCUUUAACAGAAGCAUGAAAAAUAUUUUAGUGAGUGUUCUCAAAUCCUACCUACUGAAAUGCAUGUAGCAGGUAGACACAGGAACGAGAGGAAGAAAAGACCUAGGUAGUUCCUUUUUUAAAUACAAAAAUUCCCGGAGAUGAGUUUAAGGUAUUUCUUUCGUGCUCUUUUUAGCCCCGAACUACCACUUGGCAAACCUCGAUUGCGAGCCGCAGCGGGCAGCUGAGAUCUCAAGCUCCCCACGGGGCUCGCUGGGGCCAAGCCCCAACGCCGACUCGUGCGCUCUGGGGUCUGGGUUCCGUCAGCACCACUUUGACCCAGGGUGAAGCCCCGAGCAGCGAUCCGGCCCUUGUCUGCUUUGGUUACUGUGUUUCAAAGAUCCGGUGUCCCAGAGGCACCGCCCUUAGGGUCUCACAUUUAGUCCCUGCGGCUUGAUUUGUUCCCGUUUUUCUGGGGACGCACGCCUCUGGUCCUGGAAACGUUGGCUCGUGCCACUGAUUGGGGGGGGGGUGGGCAUCACGGGUUCUCACCUGGCAUUCACAAGGGCUGGGGACGCUCUGGGCUUAUUUGAAAAGUUUGGAUUCUCUUGAGUGCUCUUCUGGAGAGCAAGUCUAUGACCACCGUCAGCUUUUCUCUGACGCCCCCUCUCGGGGGGAGAGACGUCGCAGGGUACCACACACACUCCUGAUCUACUAGGCGGGAAAUACCUGUGUGUCACAUGUACGUGGACCCUGCGGUGGCAGCCGUGGCUGACUCCGCUUGAAGCUGAGCUUCUCCCGGCCCCCUUCUCCCGUCUGCAGAGAGCCAUCCAAGCAUCCGCUGUGCACCAACAUUUCUUGAUCAUCCACCGUGCGCAGGGUAUUUUAGGUGAAUGAUCUCGCUUAAUGCGCUCAGCAACCCCGAGGCAUUGGCUCUCGUUCUUCCCAUUACACACGUGAGAAAAUCGAGGCUCUGAAAGGAAGAGUGACUUGCGCACAGUCACCCGGGUCCAAAGCUUGUCUUCUCCAAACCACGCUGCCUCCCACGGAGAGAGGUGCGUCCCCCCGAAGUUGUCACCAGGCAGAAAAGCACUCCUGGCUGAACACUGAGGGGGGGGCUGUCCUCACGCCCUGUGGCGCAUCCUGGACUCAUGCCGGGUGUGACUUGUGUGGGGCUCUACACCACUGCGGUCCGUACCCCCCCGCCGAGCAGAAUGCCACAUUUGAUGUUCUGCCAGCAGGUUCCUGACAGGGCUGCGAAGAGAAGUAGUCGGUGUUUCUGCCCCUUCCAAAAUGGAAAGAGCACUCAGCUUCCUUCCUUGAAAAUCGACUUGCUGAGUCGAUUUCCAUCGUCGGUGAUGCAGCAAACCGAGGAGCUGGGGAUUUUCAAGACGUCAUUGGCCGACCGUCAUAGGUGGCCUUGGAUCUUGCCCUUGGUGGUCUAACAGCGGCACGUGUUCUUCUCAGGGGGUGGGGCUUUUCCAGUUCAUUUGCUUGUGGCUCCGAUUUUACCUGUGCGUUUUGCCUUCACACCUGCGCACUCUGUCAACUCUCUUCAUCUUGGCUCAGAGCCGCAGCUGUUGAAUUUGACCUGGGUCGGAAAUUAGGUCUCCGGGAGGAUCGCCUUUUAUUGUGGUGGGGUUGGGGGGGGGGGGGGGGGAAUGGCAGCACGCUGGGGAGACAUCCCGGGGAGGAAGGAGCUCUGUUUGUCUCUGAAGGGAUGUCAGAGCCCCGGGUACUCACAUCCUGUUGUCACAGCCCCGAGAGGUUCGGUGACAGCAGAGGUCACCCCCGCUUCUUCGGACCUGCAUUCUAAGUCCCUUGCGGCUGCACAUAGCACCGUCAGGGCUCUCAGAUGGGGACAGGGAGGCAGAGAGGUGAAAUGACUCGUCUGAGGUCCCCCGGCUAGUGGGUGAACGAGCGACAAUUACAAUUCAGACCUGUGACGACCGUGUUCGCCCAGCUGCUGUGGUUGCAUCCAUUUCUUAGCAACUCCAUUAGGUCUUGAAUGUCCUCAGAAACUGGCUGCUCUGCGUUUCCAUCGUGAUCGUGGUGCGAACAGUUAUCCGUAGUCGGUGUUCUACGUGGCAAGGAUGGGGGACGCAACACCACCUUUGGGGUUUCCCGGGGCCCGCUCUGCUUCUGUCGCCCUCCGCUCCCCUCCUAGGUGCAGAGUCAGGCCUCCUGCUUCACCUGUUGCCUCCUAUUUGUUGGCCAUCAGAGCCCUGAAGUUUUACAGGGCGGAAGCCAUGACCUUGGAGAGCUCGUUGAAAACAAACUCUCAGAGCCCGUGCGCUCCAGUCCUUUUUGGGACAGGGAGGAGGGGAGGGGGGCCAUGAAAGGAAAGCCGUGUGCGUUUGCAGUGCGGCUUCAGUCUUAAGCAGCAGCUGGCAUGUUCUACCUGGCCUGUCCGCACCCCCCACCCCCACCCCUGCCGCUGCCCCCCCCCCGCCUCCCCCCCCCCCAGGCAGGGAAGCCGGCCAAUGGCAGUGCUGAGUCUCCAGGGACGACCCUGACUGAGUCGGGCUCCCAGGACCUCCCGCAAGAGGAGCGAAGUCCUCCCGCGCUGCCGUCACGGGUGAUGAGCUCGGUGGUCUGAGCCUGGAGGUGAGGCCAGCACCGUAGCCAAGUGACCACAGCCGUUAGCAGCGGAAGGCGGUGGCCUCCUGAGCCUUCUCUUCCCCAGGUCAGUCCCUAUUUCCUGGAGCGAGGGCCCCCGAAGCCCCUGGCUCUUGGCCAGGCUACUAAAGUGUUGCACUGCUGAACCAUCUUGAAUCUGUUGUGCCCUCUUUUUGCUGAAACCAGCAGCAAGUAGAGUAAUCCCAAGACGCGUCGCAUGCAGUAGUAGCUCUCCGCUUAGUGAAGCGUCAAAAGCUGGCCUGGGCCAGUGUGGGCAGGGCCUACCGCGUAGCCGUAGGGUCGUGCUGUUUCUGUCACUCCCCGUCCUGAUCUCUGCUGUCCUCUGCAGCCGUCACAAGGGCUAAGCCGUUGGAUGAGCCCCCAUGGUUUCUCCUUAUAAACGCAAUGACCUACCUGUGACUCUGGUCUAACCCCAGGUUGAGAAACAAAACAAAAGCAAGUGACCCCACCAGCUACUUUGUGCCCCUCCUUCUCCUUCAGGCAUCCGAACAUAUUUAAAUAUAUUUAGUAUUCUGCCCUGUGCCUUGCCCAGGGGAGGGAGAAGUUUCUAGCAAUUAUGGCUUUCUGUUUGCUGCCUGGUGCUUUUACUACUUCUUUUUCUUCUUUUUCUUUUUUUUUUUUUAACCCAAAUUACAUUUGUUUGGUUGGUAUUGUCAAGUAUGUAUU